CAUUCAAACAGUUCCCUAGUAGUGGGAGGGUGGUACCUGGUUGUCCGGUAACCCUGGGGGCUCUGAGCUAAGAGUUGUGGGGAAGUAACUCAAGCCGGGGGAACCAUUCCAGAAAACCAGCUGCAGAGAAAACCAAGGAGGUAGGCAUGCCCCACCAUGCCCCGCUUGCUAAGAAGGAUUUUAUGUUGAUGAGGAUCACUGGAUGAUUCAGAGCCCUAUGUCUUCCCCCAGCCAUGAGGAGACACCGCAGGAGCCCCAGCCCUCCAACUGCCAGAAGAAAAAGAAGAAAAGAAAACGGCUGCAGCGAGAGGCCAGCAUUCAAGCCCUCACCAAGGCCGGCCACGGGGCCCUCCAGGCUGGUCAGAGCCAUGAGGCCAUGGUCAGCUUCCAGAAGGCCUUCCUGUUGGCCUCAGAGGCCCCACGAGCCAGAGAUACCUCUGUCCUUCGGGCCUGUGCCUUCAACUUGGGGGCUGCCUAUGUGGAGACUGGGGACCCAGCCAGAGGCCUUGAGUUGCUCCUGCGAGCCCAGCCUGAAGAGAAGGCCCAGGGCAGGUGUCAUGGUGACCAGUGUUUCAAUGUGGCUUUGGCCUACCAUGCCCUCGGUGACCUGCCCCAAGCUUUGGACUGGUACCACAAGGCCCUGGGCCAUUACCAGCCACAGGGUGACCAGGGAGAAGCCCAGGCAAAAAUGGGAGCCUGCUACCAGGACCUGGGGCGGCCUGAACAAGCAGUACACUGCCUGCAGAAGGCAAGCCAGGCCUACACCCGAGCACGGCAGCCCCGGGCCGCAGCCCUCGCAUUAGGGGCUGCAGCCAGGUGUAUGCUGAAGAGUAGGCAGCACGGGCUGGGUGAGGUGGUGCAGGCGCUGGAGGAGAGCCGGAGACUUGCUGAGAUGAGCGCUGAGCAGGGACCGCUGGGCCAUCUGUAUAAUGACCUAGGCCUGGGCUACUCCCAGCUCCAGCUGUUCCCUCUGGCCGUGGAGGCUUUCCUGAGGGCCCUGCCCCUGUGCCAGCAACCAGGAGAGCAGGCCACCGUGCUAAGGAACCUCGGGAUGGCCCACAAUGCCCUUGGCAACUAUCGAGAAGCUUGUGACUUUCACCAGAAGGCUGCGGAUCUGCAUGGCUCUGUGGGGCAGCGGUGGGAGCAGGGCCGCAGCUUUGCUAGCCUGGCAUUCGCACUGAGUCAGCUGGGGGACCACAGGGUGGCCAGAGACAACUACCUGCAUGCACUGCAGGCUGCCCGGGACACUGGGGACAUGAAGGGGCAGUGGCAGGCCUGCGAGGGGCUCGGGGCUUCUGCAGCCAGACUGGGGCAGUACGACCAGGCCUUGAAGUACUAUAUGGAUGCACUGGCCCAUUGCCAGAAGGAGCCAGACUCUAUCCGAGGACGGCUGGUGGCCAAGCUGGCAGAUGCCAUGAAGACUCACUUGACCCAGACCCUGGUUCCAGGAAGGCCCGAGGCUCCAGACAGUGCCUGCCGGGCAGCAGAGACCUCAACCAGAACGCAAAGGGGCUCAGCAGAUGCCCAGUGCAGAUCUCUCAGUGGAUGGGAAGAUAGAGAGUUUGAGGAGGGCCACCAAGAGAAAGAAGUGGGGUCAGUGAAUGUUCCUGUGACAUCUGGGUCUCAGCAACAGCAGCGUCCAGGACACACAGACCAUCUUCCAUUUGGAGGUGCAGGCCCCUCCAGAGUGGGAUACCCCCACGUCCUGGUGCACAGUGGCCCCAAAGGUAACAGGUCAUCCAGGCGGCCCAGGGAAGCCUUCAGUAGCAGCCCUUUGAGGAGAGUUACCCAGUCUGGCUUCUGUGCAAUCACAUGACCUGGAUGCUUCAAGCAGGACUUGGGGUUGGAGCUGCUUCCCAGGCUUCUGACCCUGCAUGGAUGCGGGGAACACAGCAUGGUCAGUGAGUGGGCUCCCAUGCAGGAGGAGCAAGCGAUGCUGUCUCAGCCUGAGAGGGUCUCUUUGCUCCUCAUCAGGAAUUUGGGACUCACUGAGCAAAAGGGAAAAGGAUGGUGAAUUUCCCUUUUUCUUUCUGGAUCCAAACCUCAUGAUUGCUAUGGCCUUUGGCAGUUCUAAAACGAUGACUUCAUGGUUAGGUGACCUGGUGACUCUGGAGUCACUGACUUUCUGCAGAAGGUUACCUUUACUUAUGGGAAGUGGAGAUGUAGUGCUAAAGAAGACAUCUUCGCUAAGUCAGUAAGUUGCCCAGGCUAGGCUUGAACUUGCAAUCCUGCUGCCUCAGCCUCCCAGAGUGUGGGGGAAUUACAGCCGUGCACCACCAGUUUACAGAAGACAUCUUAACCAACCCCUGCACUCCACUUUCUCAGGCUUGUAGCCUAUAGGACAAUGACGAAUGCCAAGGCAAGCAACAAUGACAGAGCAUUUGUUGAACAUUUAGCGCAAGCCCCAUAUACUGCAGUCUUACAAAGAUUUCCUUCUCCCAAGCUUCAGAGGCACUGUUGUUAUCCCCUUUCAUGGUUAAGCAAAAGAAGCUCAGAGGGGCUCAGUGGUUUCAAUUCCAAGUCACACACAAAGUAGGUGGAGAAGCUUCAAACCCAGCAGCAUAUACCUUCUGUCCUGAACUGCACCUCCCUCCCCUGGCCAAGCCUUGCUUAGCAGGCUGUUGUGAUGUCUCACGUGUGCUCAUGCUGGUUGUGUGCAUUAUUAUAAGGUGGAAUUUAGUUAAAUAUUAUAUAAGUGGAUGAGCUAAGUGUGAAAACAAGCACUGUUUCUAAAAGCUGAGAUGGAUCCUUAAAAUACCUGAUUAAAGUGAGUCACUUUUAAAAGCUAA